UAUCAUCGACUAUACACUGCUAUAUCGAUUUAAUAACAGCUUUCAGUACGCACUAUUGAUCCUACUUUCUCGUAAGAUAAUGUAGAGCAAUCGUUUCAAGCGUUACGCGUCUGAUAUAUUAUAUCUGGGAUGUGGGGUUGUUUUAAAUAUGGAUUUAAGAUAAGCAAAGCAAAAAAUGGUAUAUCUAGUGGUAAGUCAACGAGAGACGCUAAGACAGAUACUGUUGCUGGGGUAUCGACUCUUGUUGAUGGAGUCAUACGCCCCAUUGCCUCACAGCCAUCACAGAUGACAACUGAAUCAAAAGAUGAUGAAGAUGCCGCCAAUCUGGACUUUUGGUGCCUUAGCGGCUGUGUUACGACCAUCUGUUCAGGGGUUCUCAUCAUUAUAGCGUUCCCCGCAGGUGUCCUGUUAUGUGUGUAUGCCUCCAACAACAACGUCCUAGACAAAAACCUAUUGGCCAUUGGCAUCGUACUAUCGUUGUUCCCGGUCAUCGUCCUUCCUAUUGUUGUGGUUGUCUUAUUUAACCGUCGGCGACUUAAAGCGAUAAGAAAACAACGUCUUUCCUCCGAGAGUUUACCGCCGACAGACAUGCGCUUUUGACACUACGAAGAAGACACAAACGUGCUUUUCUGAAAUAUUUGUCUUGGUAAAUGUACAAGACGGGCUGUUGUAAGUGAAAAAUAUUAAAGGGCGAUGCAUGUUGACCCCAACGUAUUACAUUUUGAAAUUGUGUUUGUACCAUAAAAAGAGCGAUGAACAUGUUAUAAGUUUAUAGAUAUAUUAAUUGAUAUUUUCAUCGAUGUAUUUUUUAGUAUCGGUCGCGUCCUAGAAUAAAAGAUCAACAAGAAAUUUAGGCGUAAGCUUCUGUAAUAAAACAUUUCAUUAGACAUUCAUUUUGAUUUAUACACUUAUACCUAGACGUUUAUAAAUAUCCUGUAAGAAUUAAAAUGUUACGCUACUAAAUAUUUCUCGGUUUAAAACUAUGAUAAAACGUGUCAUUAAUGUGUGUAUGUCUUAUGGCUUCUAUAACAAAUGCAUGUAUUAUAAAGGAGAAAGCGAUUAUAUGAGCCGCGUUCUGAGAAAACUGGGCUUAAUGCAUGUGCGUAAAGUGACGUCCCAGAUUAGCCUGUGUAGUCCGCACAGGCUAAUCAGGGACGACACUUUCCGCUUUUAUGUUAUUUUUAGUUUCAAGGUAGUCCCUUCUUACCGAAAAUCAAGUUUCCUGCACAUGUUAAUCUGGGACGACACUUAACGACUUUGGGCUUGUAAAUUUACAGUAUACCGGUACAUGUUUCUAAUAAAAUAUUUUAACAAUU